GCCCUCCUGCUGGAUUUUGGGAUUUUUCAUUGCCAAGGAGUGACCGGAUGGAGGAGGAGGAAAAGCCCCGGAGAUGCCGCAGGAGGAGGGGCUGCAAACCCAGCGCAGGGAGCUGCGAGGAGCAAAGACCCCCCCUGUGGCAGGAGGGCGGCCAGAGAUCCAGCCAGAGCUCCGAGCUGGUGGAGAAGGCUCAUGGAGGGGAGAAGCCCCACAAGUGCUUGGAAUGUGGGCAGGGUUUCAGCCGGAGAUCCAGUCUGAUCCGGCACAAGAGGAUUCACACUGGGGAACGGCCCUAUGAGUGUGGGGAGUGUGGGAUGAGCUUCAGCCGGAGCUCCCACCUGAGGCUACACCAGGUGAUCCACACUGGGGAAAAGCCCUAUGAGUGUGGGGAAUGUGGGAAGAGCUUCAGAGACAGCUCCAGUCUGAUCCAGCACCAGGUGAUCCACACUGGGGAUGGGCUCUACACCUGCUUGGAAUGUGGGAAGGGCUUUGGACGGAGCUCCAACCUGAGGAAUCACCAGCACAUCCACACCGGGGAGAGGCCCUACGAGUGUCCCGAGUGUGGGAAGAGGUUUCAGUCCAGCUCUGAUCGCCUCAGACAUCAGCGGAUUCACACAGAGGAGAGGCCCUUCCGCUGCCCCGACUGUGGGAAGGGCUUCAAGCGCAACUCACACCUCACUGCCCACCAGCACAUCCACACCGGGGAGACGCCCUACAAGUGUCCUGAGUGUGGGAAGAGCUUCUCCAGGGGUUCUCACUUGACCCGACACCAACAGAGGCACCGCUAAGGGAAGGGCUGCGAGUGCCCCGAGAGCGGGAAGAGCUUCGUGCGCUGCUCCAGCUCCAUCCCCCGUGGGAGGAUCGGCCUUGGAUGAUCCCCAGUGACCCCCGUUGGGCAGAGCCCUGCUGAUCGUUGUCCUGGUGAUCCGUGGUGGGAAGACACCUGGCUGGGAUGCUCCACAUCUUCCUGGCUCCCUGUGGGCACCUGGAUCAGCGCAGGGCAGGAACAUCCACUGGGACACAGACCGACAUUGGGAAUUUUGGGGGAGAGCAGAUUUGUUGGCUUUCAACCCGAGAAAACCUUUGGCAUUAAAUCCUGUCUUCUAGGGGCUUUGCAGAAUACUGGAUGGUCUUGGAGAUCUUUUCCAAGCUCUUCCAGACUCUUGAUUUCCUACUGUCCAAGGGCAUCUUCCACAGCCAAAUGCUGAUGGAAUGGGGCCAGGACCAAGGUUUUGGAGACAGUGGGGUGGUGUGGAAACCCCUUCAAAAAAGGUUCUUCCCUCCCACUGCAGCACGUGGAUCCUCAGCUGGCACAGACACAGCAAUCCAUUCCUUUUGGUCUCUAUUUCCUUUUCAUUUCUCUUCAUCACUUUAAAAUAUCCAGCGCUGGGGUAAAAAUAAAGAGAUUGAACUGGGA